AUGGCAAGCCUCUCGAAUGUUAUCAAGCAACUGGAGGCUUCUAAGAUAUUACUUGAGAAAGCACGACUGCCGCCCCACAAUGGCCAUGCGAAGAUGCAGAUAGCAACAAAACUCAAAAAAGAACUAUCACGCCUAAAUGUUCAAAGCUUUCAUCGGAGACACCUCCAAUGGAUCUUUCAGCAUGUCAAAUCAGCUAAACUGGUGGCCCUCUGUACAGAGGUGGCGGUUUCCCUGGAAAGUACGGUUGAGCAAAUCUGGUCUCUACACCAAUGGGCUUCUAGUGAAGAAGAAGGUGAUCCGAGAGAUGGACGGGCCCUGGCACUUAUCGCAAUUCAGUACUUGAUUUGGUCAUUCCGGGAAUUCGAAAUUAUCCCAGGUGAAGAAGAUCUUCAAGUCGAGCCGAACAAAUCUUGUAUACUACGGUAUCUGAAGAAGGCGCUACAACUGGUGUUGACGCUUAGUCCGAUUCUUGGGUCGUCCUGGUAUGGUCUAUACGAAGAAAUAUUGGAUCAUCUGGACAGCUUUCACUUCGAUAAUAUGGACGACUAUAAACGCGCCGAUAACCCUACCUUAGAAGGUGUUAUCGAUGAACAUUGGGCUGUGCCUACACACCACUUACCCUACGUUCAAGGGCGACCUGCUUUGUACCGCUAUGAUGGACAUUGGGGGGCGAAGAUCCUUGUUAAUCAGCCAGACUGA